AUGGGGAAGGGCCUGCCCGUGGUGAAGGACUCUGUGACCGCGGGCGACGCCAGCAAGCCGCUGGUGGUGUACGGCUUCGAGCCCUGGGGCAGCACCGCCAGCUCGUCGUCGCCCUUCGUGGCCAAGGUGGAGACCUUCCUGCGGAUGGCGGGCAUCGACUACGAAGCCAACCCCAGCAUGGAGGGCUCGCCGAAGGGCAAGGUUCCCUUCAUCAAGCAGGGCGACGUCACCCUGGGUGAUUCCACCUUCAUUUGCGAGUAUCUGAAGAACACGUACAAGGGUUCGCUCAAGACCAAGGAGCCGGACACAGCUGAGGGGAAGGCCAUUGCCACGGCGUGCCAGCUCCUGUGCGAGGAUCAUCUGUACCACGGCCUCAUCUACUUCCGAUGGGGUACCCCGAAGGGCUGGGCAGUUACAAGGAAGUACCUAUCUGGAAUGGUGCCCAUGCUGUUGAGGCCAGUGGUACCUGGAAUGGUUCGAAAGGGGCUGCUCAAGGCUCUGCAUAUGCAGGGGCUGUCGAGGCACUCCGAGAAAGACGUCAUUUUCCUCCUCACCUCGAGCAUGACCGCCCUGUCCAACUUCUUGGGGGACAAGAAAUACAUAACGGGCGACGAGCCGUGCCCCGCUGACGCCAGCGUCUUCGGGGCGCUGGACAACUACCUGAACGACGACAUGGAUUUGGAGACGUCGAGAAUCGUGAAGCAGUUCCCGAACUUGGUGGGAUACGUCACGGACAUUCGACAGACCUACUACCCGGAAAGCAACCCCACGAAGUUUAAGACAGGGGCCAAAUAG